AUGCCGCUGACCGUCGCCCGCGUUGUCCUCGGCGCGUUGGCGUCGCUGCCACUGGCGACAGCGCUGCUGGCUACGCCUGAUUCGCCGUGUGCGAAAUAUUGCGGCAAUGUCCAAACCUCCACCGCCGUCGACGAGAUGGCUUGCGACCAUGGCGGUGUCACCCAGGGCGCAGAGGGUGUUGUGUGGGAGCAAUGUAUCUCGUGCCUGCUCGGCAGCACAUUUGUCAAUGGGGAGAAGUCGGACUUGCAGGCACUGCUUUACAAUCUGCGGUUCAACACGGGAUAUUGCUUGUUCGGAGGCGGAACGAAUCCAUGCGUCACAAGAACGGCUUGCGAGCCAUACAAGGCUGCCGUUUCAUACAAGAACAUGAGCACCACCGACGCACCAUUGGAGUAUUGCAAGCACUGGGACACCGACAUGUUCGCGAGCUGCACCCCCUGUCUCAUGACCUUGGACGGCCCCGUCGACGGCCUAUUCCAGAAUAAUUACGUGACGAUUCUCGAAGCCGCAUGCGAGCAGAACACCACCGCCGGAACCCUGGUCUCCGUCAACGGCGAUCCUUUUGGGGUCUACAACAUCUCCAUCGUCCCACCCGAGCAGUUGUCGCUUCCAACCCCUGACUACGGCCCCGUCUCGCUCGGCGCUCGCGUGGGCAUCGCCUUUGGCGGACUUGCGCUGAUCCUCGCCCUCGCCGGAAUCUUCAUCGUCUGCAAUGGUAAGCGGAAGCGGCGCGCUUUCCUGCGCGAGCUCGAGAAGCGCCACAGCGGGCAGGGCUGGCCGCAUCCCAAAACCCGGUACGGCGGAGGUGGCGACGGCAGCGGUAGCGGACCCGACAUGUUUGAGACGCCCGUCAGCCAGAAGCCCCUUCGUGGCGGGUGGGGGGACAACGGUAACAACGACAGUCCUGUGAGUGCGCACCCGGAUAAUGCGCAGUCAUUCCCGCGCUACUUCAGCCCCUACUCGAGCAACUACACCAGCCCGGUGACUGGGCCCGGCGCUAGCCAGCACCAGUGGCCUGGAAUCGGGAUGCCGGCGCCUCAGCACCUCGAUGAGAUGCUCCAGGCUGAGCAACAAGCCCAGAACCAGGCCCAAGCCCAAGCAGAGUAUGAAAACCAACAGCAGCAGCAGCAGCAGCAGUACGAGCAGCAGUACGAGCAACACCAAUACCAACAACAGAAACAACAGUACGAACAACAACAACAAUACUAUCAACAACAGCAGCAGCAAUAUCACCAACCUCGACCCUCAUCCCAAUCCCAAACCCCCGUCCACAACUCCCCACCCCCAGCCUUCACCCAAUGGCCCACAAGCGGCCAAGAAAAGAUGCUGAUGCAAACCCACACGCACCAAGAGAAGCGCCAGAACGAGCAAGCCAUCGGCCUCGCGCUCGGAGGCGACGACGCCAGCCUGCGCUCCAAGGGUUCCAACCUGAACCUCAACGGCAACGGUUACCCGAUCGAGGCCAAGGGCAAAGGCCGCGAUGAGGCGUAUGAGAUGCAUGAGGUUGAGAGUCCGUACGCCAAUGGGAAUGGGAUUGGGAUUGGGAUUGGGCAGGCCAAUGGGCAGCAGCAGCAGCAGCAGCAGUACGAAUAUGGGUAUCAGAUGCCGGCGCCGCCACAGCCGCCCGUGUUACAUCAUCCGGGGUAUGGGAGACAGCAAAAUGAUGGGGGGUAUGAGGAGUAUGGGUAUGACUUGAAAGCGCUGGUCAAGCGACCCCGCGAAAAUGACGACGAGGUCGAGGUCGAGUACGCCAUCAAGCCGCAAAACACGGUGCCGACGCUCGACACGAGCACCUGGCCCCUGCUGCUCAAGAACUACGACAGGAUGCUCGUCCGCUCCGGCCACUUCACCCCUAUCCCCAACGGCUCGUCCCCUUACAAGCGCGACAUCAAGUCCUAUGUUUCCAGCGGUGUCAUCAACCUCGACAAGCCCUCGAACCCUUCGUCGCACGAGGUCGUCGCUUGGCUUAAGCGCAUGCUCCGUGUCGAAAAGACUGGACACUCGGGAACUCUCGACCCCAAGGUCACUGGCUGCUUGAUUGUCUGUAUCGAUCGCGCUACCCGCCUUGUCAAGGCCCAGCAAGGUGCUGGUAAGGAGUACGUUGCGGUCGUCCGCUUCCACGACACCAUCCCCGGCGGCGAGCCGGCGUUCGCCAAGGCGCUCGAGACGCUUACCGGCGCGCUGUUCCAGCGCCCGCCGCUCAUCUCGGCCGUCAAGCGCCAACUGCGCAUCCGUACGAUCCACGAGAGCAAGCUGAUCGAGUUUGACAACGACCGCCACCUCGGCGUCUUCUGGGUCUCGUGCGAGGCCGGCACCUACAUCCGUACCCUGUGCGUGCACCUGGGUCUGCUGCUCGGCGUGGGCGCCCACAUGCAGGAGCUGCGCCGUGUGCGCUCCGGUGUCAUGUCCGAGGACAACGGCUCGCUGGUGACGCUGCACGACGUGCUCGACGCCCAGUGGCAGUACGACAACGGCGGCGACGAGUCGUACCUGCGCAAGGUCAUCCAGCCCCUCGAGACUUUGCUUUGCACCUACAAGCGCCUGGUCGUCAAGGACUCGGCCGUCAACGCCGUCUGCUACGGCGCCAAGCUGAUGCUGCCGGGUCUUUUGCGCUACGACGCUGGCAUCGACACCCACGAGGAGGUUGUCCUCAUGACCACCAAGGGCGAGGCCAUCGCCAUUGGUAUCGCCCAGAUGAGCACCGUUGAGAUGUCGACCUGCGACCACGGCGUAGUCGCCAAGGUAAAGCGCUGCAUCAUGGAGCGCGACCUGUACCCGCGCCGGUGGGGUCUCGGCCCAGUGGCCAUGGAGAAGAAGAAGCUCAAGGCGGACGGCAAGCUGGACAAGUUCGGGCGCACCAACGAGGCCACCCCGGCCAAGUGGACGCAGAGCUAUACCGACUACGGUGCCGCGGCCGAUGCUGCUGGCGCAUCCACGUCUGCACCCGCUGCGGAGGCCCCGUCACCCGAGAAGAAGGCCGCCGCCGCUGCCGAGCCCGAGGAGAAGUCGGCAGACGAAGAAAACAAGAAGCGCAAGAAGCAUGAGGGCGAGACGGCUGAGGAGAAGGCUGAGCGGAAGAAGCUGAAGAAGGAGAAGAAGGAGAAGAGGGAGAAGAAGAAGGCGAAGGUGGCUGAGGACAGUGAUUGA